AGAAGAGUGCGGCGGAGGGAUCCAGCGCCGGGUGCACUGCGGUUCGGGGAGGGAGAGAGUUCUUCUUCUUUGGCCAUCACUUUCUCUUUAUUUAUUUAUUUGCCCUAACGGGGGCAAUUAAUUCCUCCCGUUCCCGGUGCCGCCAGCUUUGUCUCUUUCCGUUCUUUCUGGCUUUAUACUUUACCUUCUUGACUCCCCCCCCCCCCCCAACCCCUUCACCUUUUACUGGGGGGUGUCCCCCACCACCCCCCCCUUCAAUGUUAUUUACCCCCAGCCUGUGGUGGGCCGGGGGGGGCGCUGUGAGGGAAGAUGUGGCGGUGACAGACUGGGCUUCCCUCCCAUGAAAGAAGAGGAGAAGAAAGAAAGAAGAAGAAGAGGAGGAGGAGGAGUGGGGAGCAUCCCCGGCGGUCCCCCCUCAGAAGCGAGGUAGUCCUGCAGCAGGUUUAGACUCUGAAAGAAGUUUUUUUACCCUGAAUAGAACAACGUGUGAAAGAGCCGUGGGAUUUGGGAAUUCAGGUGAGAAAACUGGAGAAAGGAGAAUGGAGCUUCAGACUCUCCAGGAGGCCCUAAAAGUGGAAAUUCAAGUUCACCAGAAAUUGGUUGCUCAAAUGAAGCAAGAUCCACAGAAUGCAGACUUGAAGAAACAGCUCCAUGAACUCCAAGCCAAAAUCACAUCACUGAGUGAAAAGCAGAAACUUGUAGUGGAGCAGCUUAGGAAGAAUCUCAUAGUGAAGCAGGAACUCCCGGACAACAAACUUCUUAUCCAGCCUCUGCUUCAGCUAGAAAGCAGACCGCCAACACCACAAGUGCAGCAGCAGCCACAUCAGAUACAGCUACAGCAUCUCCAACCACAGCCAGUGUCACAGGCAUCUACAUCACCUCUUCCAGGCCUGAGUGGCACACAGACUGUGGCCACAGCCUCUAUGAUCACGGCAAAGACUCUACCUCUUGUGUUGAAAGCUGCAGCAGCAUCCAUGCCCACUUCUGUUAUGGGGCAGAGACCAACCAUUGCCAUGUUGACUGCCAUCAACAGCCAGAAAGCAGUCAUAGGCUCCGAUACACACAGCGGUGCAGUAAACCUGCAGACAUCUAAUAAGGUCACCAGUCAGGGAACAGAGACCUUUCAGAUAGUGGCGAAAAAUGCUGUUACUCUGCAGGUCCAAGCAACGACGUCUCAGCAUAUAAAAGUUCCCCAGUUCAUCCCACCCCCACGGCUUACUCCUCGUCCAACCUUUCUUCCACAAGUGCGGCCAAAGCCAGCUGCACAAAACAACAUACCAAUUGCCCCUGCCCCACCCCCAAUGCUGGCAGCUCCACAGCUCAUCCAGCGGCCGGUUAUGCUUACCACAAAGUUGACGCCAACAUCUCAGAAUUCUAUCCAUCCUGUGCGCAUUGUGAAUGGACAACCCACAGCCAUUUCCAAAGCCUUUCCUACAGCACAGCUCACCAGUAUCGUGAUAGCUGCACCAGGCACGAGACUGGCAGCUCCACAAACUCUGCAGCUUCCAAAACCAAACCUGGAGAAGCAGACCGUUAAAACUCAGGUGGAAACAGAGAAGCCAACCGAAAGCAGUACGACCCCGCAACCUGCCCCCAAGCCAAAACGAGAAGAGAACCCACAGAAACUUGCCUUCAUGGUGUCGCUAGGGUUGGUAACGCAUGACCAUUUAGAAGAAAUUCAAAGUAAAAGGCAAGAAAGAAAAAGAAGAACAACGGCAAAUCCAGUGUACAGCGGGGCAGUAUUUGAACCAGAGCGUAAGAAGAGUGCAGUGACUUACCUGAACAGCACAAUGCAUCCAGGAACGAGGAAGCGAGGUCGUCCUCCCAAAUACAACACGGUCCUGGGUUUGAGCACCCUGCCACCCAUCUCCCCUUCAUCCAGUCAUCCUGAUUCCCCUCAAACCGAAAAGACACAGAUCACAUGUAGUUUCCCUGCAAGUGUCCUGCCUGUGCCCCUGCCUAAUGCUUUUUCCACAGACGCUGAUAUCCAUGAGGAUUUUUGCAGCGUCUGCAGAAAGAGCGGACAGUUACUGAUGUGCGACACAUGUUCACGUGUAUACCACCUGGACUGUUUGGAGCCUCCUCUGAAAGCCAUUCCCAAGGGCAUGUGGAUAUGUCCCAAAUGCCAAGACCAGAUGCUGAAAAAAGAGGAAGCGAUCCCAUGGCCAGGAACGUUGGCCAUUGUUCACUCAUAUAUAGCGUAUAAAGCAGCAAAAGAAGAAGAGAAACAGAAAUUACUCAAGUGGAGCACAGACCUGAAACAGGAGCGAGAGCAACUAGAGCAGAAAAUAAAACAACUCAGCAACUCUAUAACGAAAUGCAUGGAAAUGAAGAACAGCAUCUUGUCCCGGCAAAAAGACAUGCACAGCUCUCUGGACAAAGUGAAACGUCUUAUCCGGCUCAUUCAGGAUAUAGACCUCACCAAACCUACUAACUCAGAGGUGACCUCUAACCACAGCCAGGACUGCACCGCUACUGCCAACAGCCCCCCUCCCGACCCCAAUCCAGUCACAGCCUCCUUUCCAUCACCCAACUGUGCCCAGAACUGCAACCAGGCCGAAGAGACUAAGUGACCCAUUUAUUGUGAGCAAGAGUACUCUGAAAAGAUAAGCGGCGUCUGAACAGUUCCUGGGAGAGACUGAACCAUAACCACGGUGACGUCCCAGGACAGACGUAAGCACUGGAGUUUUGCCAAUCAACCUUUUAUUCUGUGUGUUCCACGUGUGAGCUGGCUCUUCCUGCCAGCACCAUGCCAAGUGACAAAUAGAAACAAAUCUUUAACUUUACUCUCUAUCUUACACCAGUGUGUGCCUGCAGCAGCCUCCGCAGCAACUAUAGAUAUCAAUCUUUAUUUUUUUUCUUUCUUUGCUAUUUUCUUAAAGGUGGGUGUGUGGACACGGCGGGCUUCUGGGAACUCCUCCUUCUGUAUACUUUUUAUGUUAGUGGGAAGGGGGCAUACAUACCAGUCCAAAGACUAGGAAAGUUCCCCUGUCUACCAGACUCAGUGUGAUGUACCAAAAAAAGGGAAAAAAAAUUACAAAUUAUAUUCUCAUAAGAAUGCCUAGCAGCAGAAAGUGGAGGGGGAGGGGAAGGAUGUUUAGUCAGUAUUGUUAUUCCUCUAUGAUCGUUCCUGGCGGAGGUGGCAAUCACCUCGCCAAAAACAACCUGUCUAUAAAUGCUGCGUUCCAUAGUAGAGUAUGGAAUGGAUGCCCAUCUCUGCAUCAUGGUGUAGAAGUAGCUGUUUGUUUCUUUUGUUUUUUUUUGUUUUGUUUUUUUUAAAUAUGUGCCAGCAUCUCUGUAUGAAAUGGACAUUUGGUAACUUAACACCAAGAUAUUUAUUCAUUGCAUUCAUUCAUAAAAAAAAAUAAAAAAAAAAAAUAUUAAAAAAAUAUAAUAAUGCAGAAGUAUUAGCAAAGCAGAUUAGGCUUUGUGGGUUUUGGACACACCUCCCCGAAACACAAGUUGUGUGUUGUCUCCUGCAGGAUCCAUUUAUGACACAACAGAUGUUGCAAUGGUUGUGGUGGGGCUGUGCAGCUGGCGUGUUCCGUAGUUAUAGCGGGCAGCCAAUUUGGCGCAGGAAGGAUUCUCACAGGCUGUGGAUAUCUGAGGGUAUUUAUAUUUUAUUUUUCUUUGUUUUUUUUUGUGUGUAAUAAGGAGGCCGAGGUACAAAAUAUUACAAACAUGUCUUCCUAGUGUCAGUGGAAUGGUGAAAUGAGACAUCCGUGUGCAUCUUUGUUGGAGUACAUACACGUCCGCUCGUUUCUCAUUGGGCAGUACUUAGGUUUUUUAAUAGGAAUUUUUAAAGGCCAUGUAAUGGUAACCUUAAAAGCGGCCCACGUGCUGCGGUGGUUCAUUGCAGUCUAUUCAGAUGGAUAUGGCCUCCCUGUAUUUAUGUGCAGCACAUCCCAGAAUCAAGCAUAUGGCUUGCAGCAGACCUCAUGUGUGUGCAGCAGACCUCAUUCAAAGGGAGCCUAUCCUGGCGACAAGCUCCCUUUUAUAGGACUCUGUACAAUUUCUUGCCAGUGACGGGUUAGUGGGUUCAGUUGUCCACUCUUUAUUGCCACCCUCGAAAUUUCAGUCAGGAAGAGAAGAUGCAAUUGCUUCCUGUUUUUGUAGGCACCAAAGCAGUGGGUGACCUCUCAGCUGAGCUGACAGGUGGAUAAUGGGCAUAUACAGCAAGCAGUUUUCUUGCCCAUGGACCUGUAUACCUGGAAUGAAAGCAAAUGGUCCCAUCCUAGGGGCAAGUUCGAGUGAGGGAGCCAUGUGCAGGUAUUUUUAUCUAUAUAUAUCUCUAUAUAUGAUCAAAUAAUGGAAUACAUUAAAGACUGCAGAGAUGUAGGGCUGUACCACACAAGGUGGUAUAUACCGUACAACUGCUAUUGGGCCCAUGGUGAGAGAGUGAAGUCGGCAGUAAACCGCUUUCUUUGCUUCCCCUCACAAAGUCAUAGCAUUAAGGGGCGGGAUGGGCUCACUGCAUCAAGAACUUUUCAGUAACGGCUAGCGGAUAUCCCAGUGAGCUCCCCCUAGUGGUGACUGGAGGCAUUUUAUUUUUUCAAUUCUGCCUCAAAAUUAUAAUAUUGAACCUCCCAAUGGUUCAGUCAUCCAGGGUACAAAAGUUUAAUUAAAAAACAAAAUGACUAAACAUUGCAAAAAUUCUGUGAUUUACAUUGUCUUUUUAAAGAAGCACUCUGGGAUUUUUUUAAAUGAAAAAGGUUUAACCCCUUAGUGACCACCAAUACGCUUUUUUUUUUUGUUUGUUUUAUGAGAGUCACUAAGGGACCUUAGGCUCUGCCAUUGUUUGACCCCUUACAUGUUGCAGGCAAUGACGCUCAUAUUAAAAUGCAGUGCACUAUAGGGAUAGUGCAUUGUAUUUUAAAAGCAAUCAAAAUAUUGCCUGUUUAUGGUUAUCUGCUUUUUUUUUUUUUAUUGAAAAUACACUUUCCAAUGAGAAAAAAAAAAAUUCAAAAACAAAAUCUCCCUCACAUGUUUGGGAUUGUUGUGUCCAUAAUAACCCACAGUACACAAAUAUGUCAAUUAUCCCCUAAGGGGAAUGCUUUAAAAAAUAAAUGGUAGAAUUGCUAAGUCGCCACCGAAAUAACAAACGAUCAAAAAGUGUAAUUUAGCCCGAAAUAGUACCAUUGAAAACUACAAGUCGACCCUCAAAAAUCAAGCCCUCACACAACUCCAUAGAAAGAAAAAUAAAAAAGUUAUGGGUCUUGGGAAGCGGCAAUGCACAAAGAUUUUCUUCCGAAAUAAACGGAUAAAAAAACUAUAUGUAUUUGGUAUCGCUGUAACCAUACUGACCCAGAGAAUAGAGAUAUUAUGUUAUUUAUACCGAACAAUGAACGCCGUAAUAUUUAUAACAUAAGAACUCAGUUGGCAGUAUUGCUGUUUUUUCCCCAUCUCCCUCCCAGAAAGAGUUAAUAAAAGUUAAUCAGAAAGUUGUGUACCCAAAAAUGACAAUGGAAAAAGGAAGAAAAACGCUUGGUCAGUAAGGCCCAAAACAGGCUGGUCACUAAGGGGUUAAAAUGUAUGGAUACAACUGAGCCAGGGUGUAACAAGUACUGGUGGUGAGUUAGGGCUCAUUCAGUUUUGCGGAAAGGGUGCGGACCCAUUCAUUUCAAUGGGGCCGCAAAAGAUGCGGACAGCACACCGCAAUCGUGGACAAUAGGCAUUUUCUAUUAUGGUUGCACCAUGUGAGGUCCGCAAAUUGCUGAACACACAUGGCCGGUCUGCAUGUUUUCUGAAUGGGCUUUUAGUAAUAUAUGUAAAAUAGAAAUCCCAGAGUGCUUUUUUAACGAUUUGAUGCCAAUCCCGUGGACCCUAAAAAUAAAAUGUACAUCUCUCUGAACCUCUCGCCCUCCUGCUGGUUUUUUGUUUGUUUUUUCCCCAACAACCUCUUUAUGUUGUUCUAGUUUACAUUAUCUGUGAUUAAUGCUGUGAAUCCUUGUAUGUGUCAUCAUGUAUAAACACUAGUUCAUGGUAGGAGGGACCAGCACUCGCUAAAUGGCCACACGCAAUGGUUAAUGGAGCCACAAGUGUCAUGAAUAAGGGAAUCGGUUCCCUGGUCACCCCACACACCAUAGAAGUAAUAAGGAGCCGCUGAAUCUGGGUUAUUUCUAUACAGAUCGCAUAUUUUACUAUUGUUUGUGCCCUUUGAACUGCAUGCCUCUAUUAAACAUGACACUACAGCAGGGAUCCGCAACCUCCAGCACUCCGGCUGUUGUGAAACUACAACUCCCAGCAUGCUCUGUUUACUUCUGGGUUCAGAUAACAGCAAAGCAAGUGUGCCUGUUGGGAGUUGUAGUUUCACAACAGCCGGAGUGCUGAAGGUUGCUGAUCUAUGCACUACAGCGUGGCCUGAUGUGGGACGUUCACCAUGUCACUUCAUUACAUAGCACUAACUAGGUUAGUUGGGGCUGCAGGUGCAUCAGUAGCACUUUCUGUGCUUUCGCUUUUCCAUCAUCCUUGCCCCAGAUGAAGUCCCCACAGCUACCGAUGCAGUGAGCACGCUCCAAAGUGCCUUAUUGCAUUACCCCCAUCAUUGCGGGUUUCUCUGGGCAUGCAUAGAUAAUAACGCGACUCAUUGUCCGCACACUUUAGGGAGUGACUGAGCCUCCAUUACCAGGGCUUCUAGCAAAUAGUGGAGGAGCUACUUGAACACGGCUUGUAUUUAGAAUUUUUUUGUUUUAUAUGAUUAAUUAUUUUGAAAUACGGGUGGUCGAUGUCACAUGUACCGGAUGGGCACAUACAAGAAAACUUCCCGAGGGGCUCCUUGACUGGCUAAGCUUCUUAAAGGGACACUAAAUGAAGAAAUCAAUACAAAUAACGUGUAUUUAUCAGACGGCAAGGAUUUUGCAAUCUUGUAAAAAUCAGCUAAGGCGGGGCUUCCCUCAGGGGGUGGGGCUUGUGGUCUGAGCAGCGGAAACUGUUCUGUUGUCCAUCCCUGUACACAUUAGCGCCCCAGCUUCUCUCCUUAUUGGAGCCCUGACUGGUAUAAUGGGAUUGAUCCCAACAGAUCCUGGUUGUUUCCAGUGACUUAUAAUGGGGGUGCUGCAGACUACGCAAUCCUUGCUGUAAAAAAAAAAAAUCCCUACAAAACACAAUGCAACCUGACGACAAGCAACUAAACCCCCUGCCUUUUCUCCAAAAUUUCUUUUUGCGCUGAGAAAAAGGAGAAUAACAUAGAAACACCAACAUUUGUAUUUAUUUAUUUUUUUAAAUUGUGUCCCUUUAAGUUAACCUGCGAGAUAGAUAGAGAUAUAUAUAUAUAUAUAUAUAUAUAUAUAUAUCUCUAUCUAUCUAUUUUUUAUGGGCAGCUUAAUAAAGCUAAAUGUUAGGGCUUUUUUAAGGAUCUAUGUGUUUCGGGAAAGUAUGACAUCCUUUUAACCAUAUCACACUUUCAUGGCGUGACCCUCCCGUCACAGGAAGUUGAGGGAUCAUGGCGAUUUGCGGUGGCAGCUCAGCCUUAUUUAUGGCCGUAUAACGAUGCGCAUCUCGAUAUCCCAUAAAUGAAAUAGAAGACGUCGGCUCUAGUCGUAGCUUCUCUUAAUGCAGUGUUAAAGGGGCAGGUCUCCCGCUGUCCUUUCAAAGUCUCCUUCCCAAUAGUAAAUGUAAGGGCUCUUUAUGGAUCACCUUCACUUAUUUCUGCUUUCUUAGCCCCAAAACAUGAGGCGUUUUUCCUGCGCAUUAAUGACAUUGAACCGAGCAGUGCCCAAGGGUAUAUGUGCCCCUUCCUCUACAUGUUAAGCAGUAUCUCUAACCUCAGUGCCCCACCCCCUUGUUUCGCUUUGGGCCCCCCUUCCCCUUGACUUUGUUUACAUUACAGUAGCCCCCCUUUUUUUUGUUUUCUCAGGCUAGGAGCAAUAGUUAUUAAUAAUAAUACCGAAAACUUCCAGAUAGUGUCUGGUAUACUCACACUCUCUGCUCUGUGAGGAAACUCCUCUUUUGUGCUGCAUUUUAGGGUUAAAAAAAAAAAAGAAAUUAAAAAAUAAAAUCUUGUCAAAUGUCGAUAUCAUAAUGAAGAAAAUAUUGUAACAUACCUUUUUUCUAUAGAAAAAAAAUGUAUAAUUAAGUUUUCGUAUGAAAUUGAGAGGCGUUCCUUAUCCAUUGUAAUGGGAACUUUUUUUUUUUCAUUAUUUUUUUUUUUUAAUAUACAUUAUAUUUUUUUCCAGGCCCGAUGGUAGUGAACUGCAAAUACUCUGCCUUCUCUGUAAAAUUGGAAGUCUGUGUUUUCAGUUUUGGUAAAACUGUGCUUAGAGUUUAGGGAA